AUGACAUCAUCACAGGCCUUUGGAAGAGGAAGACGGCUGCUCUACAGGUGGAGGAUUACACAGUGGUGAAGAAGAUCUCUAGCGAGCGCUGUCAGGCUCCUGUGUCUGAAGGAUGGGGAAGAACCCUGAGCCCAAUCACGGGGCCUCCACCUCACUCCCUGAUACAUAAGGAAAUCAAUGCACAGAAGAUCCUAGAACUCGUCCACAAGAUGAUUGAGCUGCUGACUGGAGAGGUUCCUAUAAGGUGUCAGGAUGUCACUGUCUAUUUCUCCAUGAAGGAGUGGGAGUAUGUAGAAGGACACAAGGAUCUGUACAAGGACGUCAUGAUGGAGGACCACCAGCCCCUCACAACACCAGGAAGAUCCAGUAAGAGAAGAACACCAGAGAGAUGUCCCAGUCCUCUUCUUCCACAGGAUCAUCAGCUUGUGAAUCAGGAUAAAGAUCUGAGCAAUAGUAAUUCUACAGAGACAUAUGUGAGAGGUGAUGACCAAUGGAAGGAGGACAUUCUUACAGAGACAUUUGUGAGAGGUGAUGACCAACGGAAGGAGGACAUUCCUACAGAGACAUUUGUGAAAAAUUAUGACCAGUAUAAGGAGAAAAUACCUACAGAGAUAAGUGUGAGAGGUGACAACCAGUAUAAGGAGGAAUCCCCUACAGAUAACAGCCCAGAUGACUGUACUGGGAGCUUAGAGGGAUAUCUGAUAUCGUUGGACUUGAAAGCAGUUGAUUGUGGUAUCACACAAGAUAUAUAUGAAGAGCAUAAGGUUAUCCCAGAAAUAUACUUAGCCCUUCACAGCCAAGAUCUAUCAUCUGAUCAUUUUAAGCAUCUUCUAUCUGAUUCAUCACAUACUGUAAAGCAGAAUAAAAGUCACAGAAGGGAUGUUAAACAUCCAAGAGCUCGUAAAAGGAAGAAGACAUUUUUGUGUUCAGAAUGUGGCAAAUGUUUUACCCAGAAGUCAGAUCUUGCAAGACAUCAAAGAAUUCACACAGGGGCAAAACCAUUUUCAUGUUCGGAAUGUGGGAAAUGUUUUACUCAGAAACCAACUCUAGUUGCACAUCAAAGAAGUCACACAGGGGAGAAGCCAUAUUCAUGCUCAGAAUGUGGAAAAUGUUUUACUCAUAAAUCAGACCUUGUUAGACAUCGGAGAAUUCACACAGGGGAGAAGCCGUUUUUAUGUUCAGAAUGUGGCAAAUGUUUUAUUCAUAAAUCAGAUCUUGUUACCCAUCAGAGAAUUCACACAGGGGAGAAGCCAUUUUCAUGUUCAGAAUGCGGCAAAUGUUUUAUUGUGAAAUCAGAUCUUGUUAAGCAUCAGAGAAUUCACACAGGGGAGAAACCAUUUUCAUGUUCGGAAUGUGGAAAAUUUUAUAGCGCUAAAUCAACUCUUGUUAAGCAUCAACGAAGUCACACAGGGGAGAAGCCGUAUUCAUGUUCAGAAUGUGGCAAAUGUUUUAUUCAUAAAUCAGAUCUUGUUACCCAUCAGAGAAUUCACACAGGGGAGAAGCCAUUUUCAUGUUCAGAAUGCGGCAAAUGUUUUAUUGUGAAAUCAGAUCUUGUUAAGCAUCAGAGAAUUCACACAGGGGAGAAACCAUUUUCAUGUUCGGAAUGUGGAAAAUUUUAUAGAGCUAAAUCAACUCUUGUUAAGCAUCAACAAAGUCACACAGGGGAGAAGCCGUAUUCAUGUUCAGAAUGUGGCAAAUGUUUUACUCAGAAAUCAAAUCUUGUUGACCAUCAAAAAAAUCACACUGGAGGGAAGCCAUUUUUAUUUUCAGAGUGGAGUAAAUGCUUUACAUUAAAUUCAGAUCUUGCCCAACAUCAAGGAACUCACAUAGGGGAAAAGCCAUUUUCAUGUUCCGAAUGUGUUAAAUUAUUUACCCAGAAACCAAGUCUUGGUAUACAUCAAAGGACUCACAAAGGCCUUAAGAAUAAGGAAACUUUGGACCACCAGUAAGCUGCAUGCAGCGGUAUUUCUCUGAAACAAUAUGCCACAUCUCUCCUGUAUGCCAUUAUGGCGGAGUUCUUCUAUUCUCCUCUGCCGGAUUUACCAAAAGGAGAUGUGAACAAAGCCUUAAAGUCAGAAAUGUACAAUUACCAAUAAAUAUAUUAUCUAAAAUA